ACAGUAUUGAACCUUAAGCACAACUCUAGUCAGAAGAAGCUCCCACACAGACACCGAAACAAAAUGAAAACACUGCACAUUAUGAGUACUAAACCUAAUAUACAGGCAUUCAGCUGGAAAAUUAGAUAAAACCAAACUUAUCAAGGCCGAUGCAGACUUCCUUUUGUGCUGCACUGUAUACCAAGAAAAGUGUUGAGGAAGAACUGUGUCUUUCAGACAGUUUUCAGUGCUUAUGGGAGGCAGAGAAGAUGUGGCUCAUAUUUGCUCUACUUCAACUUCUGCCUCAACUCACCCUCAGCACUCGCUGUCCCAGUGGGUGCGUCUGUGACAUUAAAGGUUCAACGAAAUGUAUAGGGAAUAUCACCGAUAUACCCCUCCUGGACCCCGCCAUCACCUUCCUACUCUUGCUUGAUGACACACACAUAAAAGUUCUCCAAGAAAGAAGCUUUCAGCCUUUCUCUCUUCUUCUACGAAUGCAGAUCACCCACAGCUCUCUUAACACUAUCCACCCAGAGGCCUUCCAUGGUGCUCCACAACUUCGCUCCAUCAAACUGUCAUCAAACGCUCUUUCCAUUUUCCCACCAAAGGUGUUUAGUGAGCAGAGCAACCUAGAGCAGCUGCAGCUGGAUGACAAUCAGAUCAUUUCCAUAAGUUCAGAACUUUUUCAAGGGCUGGUAAAUCUAAUCGAACUAGACAUCAGCAGGAAUCGUAUUUCUCAGCUGGACGCCAAUGUCUUCCAGAUCUUGACCAGCUUGAAUUUCCUCAACUUGGCUGGGAACCAACUGAAGAACCUCCCGCAAACCCUCUUUCACAAUCUGAGGCAACUUAAGUCUUUGAAUCUCUCCUCUAAUCAGUUGGAGACUCUAGAAUCAGGUACCUUUGACCAUCUAAACAACCUGUUGGUGCUAAUACUACAGAAGAACCAGAUUCAAGAGAUACCACCACGCCUUUUCUGGCACAUGCCUUCCCUUCUUACUCUCUUAUUGUCAAGCAACCAGCUCCAGUAUAUUCCAGCUGAGAGCUUCUACUACUUGCCCAAUCUCACCAAGCUCACCCUCUACAAUAACCCAUUGAUCUCUCUACCUGAUCAGCUAGUGGGCCACAUGCAAAGACUCCAAGAACUCCAUCUUUAUGAAACCAACCUUGCCACUGUCCCUUGGAACCUUUUUGCUAACAUGACUAACUUAAGAUGGCUCUAUUUACACUUCAACAAAAAGCUGAGCUCCCUGCCAAAGAACCUCUUUUGUUGCUUGCCAAACUUGAUGAAGCUCUCCUUGAAAAAUAACAAUCUUAAGGAACUGCACACUGAAGUCUUUUCAGGCUUGAUUAGCCUUCAAAUACUACUGCUAAAUGAAAACAAGCUUCAGUCUCUCCCAGCAACAAUCUUUCAGCAAACCCCAAGUCUCAAAAUACUUGAUCUCAGCCACAACCAUCUGAGGUACCUUCCUGGAAACAUUUUUGUACAUGCAAGUGCACUGAAGGUUCUUUCUCUUAGUGGCAACAAAUGGAACUGUGAUUGCAGAAUUUUGAGUAUUGCAGAAUGGAUUAGUGAAAACCAAAGGCUAAUCAAUGAUUUGGACAAAGGAGUAGCAUGCCAUGAACCGCACCACUUACGAAACAAUCAUCUGCAGAAGUUGACCUAUGAAGAUCUUCAGUGCAGUCAGGGUGGAUUCCAAACAUUUACAAGUACUCUUAUAGCAACCAUGCAACAAACCCCUCUAAUCCCUCCUACAGCUGAAGAUUUUUACGUGAAAACAAGCAGCAUCUACAAUAAUGAUCCAGCAUUCUACAAUACAAUUGUCCUGGAUGACGGACCUGAAAUUGUCCACAACAAUCAUUACAAUGGUUGGGUGUACCUGUGGACUGUCCCAUCAAGGGGUCCUUACAGUGGCUUCAUGACAUUUUUGUAUAUUGUUCUCUUGGCCACUGGUGUGAUUCUUAUCCUGGCCAGUGUGUAUAUUUUGUAUCGACUUAACAAGGUGAUGGUGGUUUUAGGGGCAGUUGCUAUGGGAGGCGGUCAGAGAAUAAUGACCAGAAAAAUAAGAAGUUUCAAAGUUCAACUCUAGAGAAAGCUAGAAAGUUAUUUAUAUAUCUAUGUAUAUGCACAUGUCUGUCUGUCUGUCUUUGUUAUUUUACCAGUUAAGUAGAACAAAAGCAUCCAUUGUUUUCAUACUAGAUGUUUUGCUUUUUGCCUUUUUCUGGAAAUACUGUGUUUGAGCAUCUUAAAGUGAAGCACCAGGACCAAGGAAAUCAGUUAAAUCAUCUACUGCCUUAAGAUGAGACAUAAAGAGAGCAGAAAACGUUUUCAAAUGUAAUAUGUACUCAUAAUGUUUCAUGAUAAUCCUGAUGUACUCAUGACUGUUGCAGAUCUCUGUACUGUUAUGACAAAAAUGCAUUUAAUGUCUGUUUUGUCUCCCUGAUGAGAAAAUUUUUAAAUGUGGUAAAAUGUAGUUCCAAAGUAGUUCCAGUACAUUCCAAACUUCCUAACGUGCCUCAAGGAAUAUUUUCCUUAAGGAUAAUAUGAAGCCAAACAUUUGUGGACAUGAUAUUAUUAUUUAUUUAUAGUUGUACUGUACAAGUUAAAAAAAAAAAAAAAAAGAUUAUGGGUAUUCUUCCUCUAUUUUCAGGUAAUUCUAAAGGAAACUUAAAGGUAAAUUAAAACUGAAUUGAAUUGCAUUUUGAUUAAUUUCAUUUAAUUUAAUUUUCAAAAUAAGCAAGUUUUCAGAUGCUAUUGUAUAUACUGUGAAUACAUAAGGACAAAAUCUCUCACAUUGCUUUAGUAAUCAUUGAGGAAAUGAAGAGAAAAAUAAUAUAAACAUAUCAAGUUGAAUAAAAAGGAAUAUAAACAUACAGUUUUA